AUGUAUAUUCCAAAUUCGAUGUGGACGUGGUCCUUUGUCAUCGUCACUUUCAUUCAGACUGUCAUCACUCUCGCGCUAGAAUGUUACAUUUUCGCCAACUUCCAGAGCCAGCUUGAAUCGAAAUCCGAAGCUGUCACCGCGUCAAAAACGAUUCCGAUUUUCUUAGCGCUGUACAGCUUUGGAUUCCUGUAUGAGCUGGUGCUUGUAUAUGAUGCCUUGCGGAUGAAGAACACGAUUCAGGUCAUUGGUUUAUGUCUUUGCAACAUCGGACUCUUGAUCUACGGGGCAGUGCAGGUCCAGCAGGUGAAGGAGGCUGUCUCCAUUCUGACCGUGAAUGACGGUAUCGAUGCGGACGUAUGGGGGGAAACAGAGCCUUUCUUGAUCAUCAUUCCGUGCGUUGUGGCAAUGGGUACGGUUCUAAUGAUGAUGGUUGCAUGGAAACUUUAUGAUGAAUUUGCAUGGUCGAUCUACAAGCAUAUCAGCGCUGAUCUGCGAAUGAAGCGUCGAUUUCUCACAUACCAGGUUUGCGACUCCUAUCCACAGAAUGCAAAUCAGGAGACACGAGGACUUACCAACUGCCAGAUCUAUGUCGCACUUCUCAAGUUUGAUUUUUUCUUCUUCCUCGGAUUCACGGUGCAGUUCGUCGUUAUCGUCACUGAUAAAGCCGACAUCGAAUUCUCUCUGACCCUAGCUGCUAUACCUGUGACGAUCUUGAUUCUGGUUUGCGCGGCGAUAUUUGUUCGACGGGAGAGCUCAGUCGGAAUGAUUAUCACCAUCCUUCUCUACUUUGCAGCUAUGGCCUAUUUCCUAUUCAAGCUUGUGCGCAUGUACCAACCACAGACUUACAAGGAUUACCUGCCCGCGCGGCGGUCACUCACGUUCUUUGCUGUCAUCACGAUUUUUCUCAUCGUCAUGACUAUCAUCAACGCUUGCAUGUGCAUGCACAAUUUUCACAAGGGACUCAAGCCCCAUAUCAACAAGAAGAAGUCCCGCAAGGAGGCGGAAAAGACCACCGAGUUGUCUUCGAAUGUCACUGGCGCAAUGCCCAAUCGAAUGAUGAUUGAUUGA